UGCACCAUUUCCUCCUAUAAAGCCACCCACCACAUCCCAUGUCCCCGCAAAGCGAACACUGCCUUCGCCGGCGAACGUCCAAUCAUCCAAGCCACCCUCGCCGCCGCCGCCGCCCUCGUUUUCCGGCCAUGGCGGUGACAAAGCUCAACCCAUCAGCGGCGCCGUUCCACUGCUCCCGCCGCCACCUGUUCUUCGCGCCGCCGCCUCCUCCUCCUCCUCCCAUGCCGGCGUACCAGUACCACGCCACGGGCGCGUGCGCCGCGGCGGCGCCGCCACCUUUCCCCUUCUUCGCCACCUACUCCUGCGCCUCGCUCCCGUUCCACGGUCACCUCUACCCACCGUGCGGGUACCAGGCGCAGAUGGGGCCUGCGCCGCCGGGCGCGGCGUUCGCCAAGGGCGUCCUCGCCGCGGCGCCGCCGCCGCCGCACGGCCGCCCUCCGCACAAGCUCAUGGUGUGCAAGGGCGCCCCCACGGUCACCGACGUGAAGCUGCGCGCGCAGGCGCGGGCGGCGGCGCGUGUGGGCGUUGCCGCCGCCGUGCGGGGGUGGCGACCGGCGCCGGCCACCGCGGGGCCUCCCCGGAUGCUGGUGGCCGCCGCGCCAUGCGGGAUGCUGCACCCGGCCGCCGUGGCGAGGCGGCGGGGCAUGAGCAAGGUGUACAAGCCCCGGAAGCCGCAGCGCGCCGGGAGGGAGCGGUCGCCGUCGCCGUCGCCGGUGUUCACGACGAGGCCGAUGUCGCCGACGCCGCCGAUGCAGAAGCUGAAGCCGGCGCACACCACCGUCAUGGUGCGCAACAUCCCCAACAAGCUCACGCGCUCGGACAUGGUGCGGCUGCUCGACGACCACUGCGCCCGCGAGAACAGGCGGCGCGGCCGCGGCGGCGAGCCGCGCGCGGAGUACGAUCUCGUCUACGUCCGGAUGGAUUUCGGGAUGUGCAACAAGGAGAGGAGCAGCAACAUGGGCUACGCGUUCGUCAACUUCACGACGGCGGAGGCGGCCCGCGGGCUGCAGCGCGCGCUCCACGGCUGCCGCUGGAAGCGCUCCGCCUUCGACUCCGGCAAGAUCAUCGACAUCCGCGCCGCGCGUAUCCAGGGGAAGGACGCGCUGGUGAGGCACUUUGGGCGGACGACAUACUACGAGUGCGACACCGACGAGUACCUCCCGGCCGUGUUCUCGCCGCCGCGUGACGGGUCCACCGCCGGCGCCGGCGCGCCGUCGCCGCCGGCGGUCAAGACCGUCGGCAUCCGUGUGCCCCCUCGGCCGAUCACGCUGCUCACCCACCGCGGCAACGUCAACUGAUCGAUCGAAGAAACGAUCGUGCUCGUGUCGAUCGAUCAAGUUCGUGUGUCUACCGUCUCGAUCUGAGUCAAACCAAGCAAUGCAACAGCAGGUAGCUAGGUCAGGUGACUAGUGACAGUAGUAGUAGCUUCGUUUUUUUCGUUUAGCUCGUUCGUUCGUUUUUCUCUUCUUGUCUCGUGCCGGUUUAGUGGUAGAGUGGCACGGUCAAAUCCGAAGUCUAGGCAUGCCUUCCCUUUCCCAUUCGGUGCAAUGCAAUGCACCGGCAGCAGCGAGGACGGGAAGGCUGGGAGACUUUGGACAAUAGCGUAGUACUACCAUGUACUGUGUGCUCUUCUUUGCUCUCUCUCUCUCUCUCUCUCUCUGGUCUGUACUACACUCUGUAGCAUGUGUAACGUGGUGGUAGCAAUGUAGCAUGUCUCGAUU